AUGAUCGAGUUUUUGCAGCGGCAAUGUCAGCUGUUGCGGCGAGCGACUUCGGACAGCGAAAGCGUCAACAAGGCAAAGGACGACAUUCGCGAGAAGGACAAAACGAGUAAGCAGCGAUCGUUGAAUUCAAAGGCACAAGGCAAAACGACACUGUCAACAAUCACACAGGAGCGACGGUGUUACCUGUGCCAAGGCCAGCACCUUAUUUAUUCGUGCAAACAAUUUCUGGGCUUAUCCGUUGAGGAUAGAAUCCGGAAAAUUAAGCGAUUGAGACUUUGUCUCAAUUGUCUUAGAAAUGAUCAUUUUUCGAGAGAUUGCAGGUCCGGUUCAUGUCGAGAAUGUGGUGAGCGGCACAACACGCUAUGCCACAUCGUGAAGCGGGCAUCCUGUUCGUCAGCGGAUUCGGCAGGUGGUUCGGCGGACCGUUCGAGGAAGUCAUCCGGGACCACGCUGUGCUCUGUGGCGGACACGGAGAUGGGAGCAUCAACCAGUAACAACGAGUCAUCGGGGAACAUGUCGGUUCAACACGCCCGAGGCGAGCGUAAGCAAGUACUGAUGUCAACGGCUAUUGUAAAUAUCGAAUCAAAUAAUAAUGAUAAUCAAUUGCGUGUAUUAUUGGAUAGUGCGAGCGAAGUCAACUUUAUUACUUUAGCAGCGUGCAAUAGAUUGAACAUAAAAUUAGAAAGCGUAUGCGAAUCCAUAAACGGUCUAAAUAAUAUGAGUUGCGCGAUAAAAUACGGUUGUCAAAUUUCGAUGAAAUCGCGAAUGUCGAAGUUCGAGUUGAGCCUUUGUUGUUUGGUUGUCCCGAAAAUAACCAAAAAUUUGCCUUCGUUUUCCAUUAAGAUAUCAAAAUUGUCGAUUCCAGAAAAUCUAAAAUUGGCAGACCCGUUCUUUUACAAUCCAGGUCAUAUUGACGCGCUCAUAGGCGGAGAAUUCUUCCUUCAAUUGUUGGAAGCCGGUAAAAUUGAACUCGGGAAUGGUUUGCCGGCAUUACAAAACACUAAGCUCGGUUGGAUUGUGUCGGGCCCAGUACCACAACAUUUGAUCGCGAGUCGGACGACCAAUCACCAACCUUCAAAUAAUCAUGUAUGUUUGGUUACAGAAGAACAGUACUGCGAGAAUCAUUUCGCAAACACAACAAAGCGAGACGCGUCCGGGCGGUUUGUCGUUCGACUGCCUUUCCGCGAAAACAGGGCUCAGCUCGGACAAUCGAGAGACAUCGCGAUGAAGCGUUUAAUUUGUUUGGAACGGAAAUUUCAACGGGAACCGGAAUUAUACAAAUUGUAUUCCGAGUUUAUGCGGGAAUAUAUCGAUUUGAAUCAUAUGUCUAAGGUCACCGGGGACGCUCGAAUACCAAAUCCAGUCUAUUUGCCGCACCAUGGCGUUCUUCGUGAAUCAAGCACAACUACUAAGCUGCGAGUGGUAUUCAAUGCGUCCUCGAAGACCACCUCGGGUAUUUCAUUGAACGAUACGUUGAUGAAGGGACCGAAUUUACAGGAUAGCAUAAUUAACAUAAUGUUGCGAUUUCGUUUGCACGCCGUUGCGAUCACGGCUGACUUGCGAAAAAUGUAUCGCCAGGUUUUAGUACACGAGGACGACCGCGAUUAUCAGAGAAUUCUAUGGCGUUUUUCCCCGAUUGAUCCGGUAGAUGACUAUAGGUUGAAUACCGUGACUUAUGGUCAAACUAGCGCUUCGCAUCAAGCCAUUAGCUCCGUGCAACAGCAAGCCAAAGACGGGGCUAGCCGGUUUGAACUAGCGUCGCGAAUUCUACUAGAGGAUUCUUAUGUUGACGAUAUUAUUACAGGAGCUGAUAGCGAACCCGAAGCUAUUAAAGUAGUCUCACAAUUGGAGAGUCUGUUACGCGAAGGGGGUUUUGAGACUCACAAAUGGCGCUCAAAUCGUGAGGGAGUUGUACCUGAGCCGCUUGCCGUCGAUCGAGUCGAGGAGUCGUCGGUGUUGGAGAUUGACGCAAGUGCCGUAAAGACAUUGGGAUUGGGUUGGCAUCCCAAAUCAGACAUGUUUCAGUUUUCCAUCGAGCCUAUAACGAGUUCAGUUAAGACCAAGCGCGAGGUUUUGUCAAUGAUUUCUAAAUUGUUCGAUCCACUCGGAUUGAUCGGACCCAUUUUGACUCGAGCUAAGUUGAUCAUGCAAGGGACUUGGUUAGCGAGUCUGGGUUGGGAUGAGCCGUUGACGGAGGAUCUUCGUCAGGCAUGGGAGGCUUAUACGGAAGAUUUACGAGAGGUUAGUACGAUCCAAGUACCUCGUAGAGUAAUUCGGAGUUCCAAUGUGGUGCGCUUCAUUCUACAUGCAUUUUGCGACGCAUCUUUGAGGGCCUACGGGGCUUGUAUUUACUUGCAAACAAUAGACGAAGACGGCCAUUUUAAUUCUUUCUUAUUAUGUUCAAAGGCACGCGUUGCACCGGUUAAAAGUAGGACUAUCACGCUGCCUAGGCUCGAGCUAUGCGGUGCUGUGGUGCUUGUACAUUUGGUGCAAGGCGUUAAGAAGGCUCUCAGGAUAAAGUUCGAUGAGGAGCACGCAUGGAGCGACUCUAAGAUAGUACUGGCGUGGAUCGCCGGCGAUCCAUCGUGUCAGAAGUUAUUUAUAUCGAAUCGAACUGCUGAGAUUCAGUCCAUUCUUCCGUCGAGACAUUGGCACCAUGUGAACGGAAACGAGAACCCUGCAGAUUUGAUUUCGAGGGGUACAAGCUUGAAAAUUUUGAGGCAGAGCAAAAUCUGGUGGGAGGGCCCCGAUUGGUUGUCACGUUCCGAUGAUUGCGAGCUACGUAAGAUGAAAACGCUGAGUCUUACCGAGGAAGACGAGAAAACCAUUCGGGCAGAACAGGUUUCCAGUACGCGAGUCUUCGUGAGCGUUGGCAUUUCAAAUGACGUUGCGGAGUUCUUAUUAAAUAAAUACUCUUCACUGUCAAGGAUCGAACGCAUUCUGGCUUGA